AGUAGUAGUGGUGGUGGUGGAAAUACAAGUGUAAUCUCUUCAAUACCACAGUCUCAAACUUUGGAUCCACUAAUGGUCAAUUCCACCAGUGAAACUCCAAGGAAACCUGGUGCGCGACGUCAGGAAAAACCACCGUAUUCGUACAUCGCUCUAAUCGUAAUGGCGAUUCAGUCUAGUCCCGGAAAGCGUUUAACACUCUCAGAAAUUUACACGUUCCUCCAGCAGAGGUUCCCUUUCUUCAGAGGUGCUUAUCAGGGUUGGAAGAAUUCCGUAAGACACAACCUGAGCCUGAACGAGUGUUUUAUUAAGCUUCCAAAAGGUCUGGGAAGACCUGGCAAAGGACAUUAUUGGACAAUUGAUCCAGCAAGUGAAUUUAUGUUUGAAGAAGGUAGCUUCCGCAGAAGACCUAGAGGAUUUAGAAGAAAAUGCCAAGCCUUGAAGCCUCAGUACUCUCAGUACUUCACCAGCGCUACACCGGUCGGUGUUGGCGUCGGGGUAGGAGUAGGCGUACAAGGUCCAGGAUAUGAAAAUCUUGGUGGAGGUGUUGAGUAUGCUAAUGGGUAUCAGAAUCAGUAUCAAAAUUAUCAGGAUUACGCUAUGUAUGGUCCUAGUACGGGAAUGACUGCGGAUUGGGGAUAUGCUGAAACGCCAUACAAAGCUCCAUCAAUUGCUGAAGUGACCUAUAAGACUACUGAAGUCACUUAUAAGACCGGAGAGAGUUCGCUAUACCGUAACGGAGAAGUGCCACCAGCUUACAAAGCUGCCGGAGAGAUCACGUUCAAGAAUGAACCACCCUACAGAAACCCUGGUGAAACCUCGGUACCCUCAUACAGAGUAUCUGAAGGAUUUCAGCCUUCCACCAAGGAUCAUCAUCCAGGAAUCAGCUACAAGCCUGAAAACGAUCAUGAGCCCAUGAUGAACAGCUAUAAGGGAACUGGUUCGAAUCCUCCAACACCGGUCAGUUCAACCCAACAGGAUUAUUACACGGGUUAUGGUCUCCCUGCACCCGGAAACAACAAUGGGAAUGUUGUCAAUGCCAAUGCAAAUGUUCAGCAAGCUAACAACAUGCAGGGAAUGCAAUCGCAACCAGGUUCAGCCAGUCCAAUAGGAAACAUGAACUCGCCUCAUAGUGGCUGCCAUACACCAGUAACAGAUCAUGGUAUGAGAAUGCAGUGUUCGAGUUCGAAUUCAAAUAGUUCCGGCGGUGGACUCGUCGAACGGAAAUCAUCUUACCUGAGCCAUCCUCCAGCUUCCGUGGCGUUAAGCUCUCUAAGCUCUCUGAGCUCAAUAAGCUUAAGCAAUCUGGGUGGUUUAAGUAUACCCAGUAUACCGUGCACUGUACCAUCGAAUGUUCACACUUCGACGUCACCACCUACAACAAUGUUCUACGAUCAGAUCAAGUACACCAUGUGAUUGGAAUUGAGAAAAGGAAAAAAAAAUCAUUCGCAAUUAUACCACCUAAAUGAGUAUAUCAAUACAGGCCGAAUCUUACGAUAAAGAAUCGUGGAAGGAAACUAGAGGGAAGAGAAAAUAAAAAGGAGAAUCAAAAAUACGUACUAGAAAUUUGUACGAUAGUCUUAAUGAGUUAGGAUAGUAUGUCUAUCCUAUAAACGUCCUAUUUAUAUUUAUGAACGAGUACUAAUUAAUGUCGUUAGUAAUUUAAGCGUAGUCAUUAGGCAAGUCUGUAGAAUUAAAUAUCGUUUGCUAAGAAAGUUUCGUCUUUAUCCUAUAUUCAGUUAUUUUAAUUUUUCCUAUAAUCGCGACAACUC